UUUUGCCAAUGACGGUAGUGCUGUUAUAGAGCGAACAAUUGAAGUUCGUAGCAAAAAGCUGGCGAAAUCAAAGGAAGAAUUGGAGUAUAUUUAUGAAAUCGAGCGUACUGUAGAAAUAGUUUUGAGUGGAGGCUAUGAAAGAAUCGCACUUCAAUUCCCGGACGAGCUAUUAGCUGAUUCAGCUGAAAUUACGACAGUAUUGCACGAUCGAACUCGGAAAAAAAUCUUUGUUUUGGCUGACACAUCUUAUGGCAGCUGUUGCGUUGAUGAAGUUGCAGCUCAACACGCUAGUGCUGAAUGCAUUGUCCAUUAUGGCCACAUUGAUCAUUGCUUAGAAGUAUUCGAUGGCUUGUUUUGUCAAGAUAAAACUAUAAAAAUCAUCAUCAUGUAUGAUGUAGUAUAUUCUUACUGCAUCGACAAAUUCAUGCACAAAGUGCGAAAAGAUUUGAAAUACACAAAUGUUAUUCAAUCUUUCGUCAAGACGGAUUGUAAUAUAUCACAAGGAUUAAAAGAUAUGAAUAGUCCUCAACUCAACGGAAGAUAUUAUAAACUUCUUGAGGGAACAAGCAUUGAAUCUUACACAAUCUUUUAUAUUGGAGAAGAAAGCGCAACAUUAGUAAACAUCUUGCUGACAUACAAUAAGUGUAAAGUACGUGGACACCAAGAAUCACUACCGAAAAAUAAAUCUUUAAUGAGACGGUUUUACAUGGUUCAAAAAGCUAAAGACGCAGACGUCAUUGGCAUAGUGGUGGGUACCUUAGGUGUAGGAAAAAAGCCUUACACAUUCGUGAUGGGCAAACUCAACGUGGCAAAAAUGGCAAAUUUUAUGGAAAUCGAUUGUUUUGUACUCGUAGCUUGUUCAGAAAAUUGUUUACUUGAUUCGAAGGAAUUUUAUCGUCCAAUUGUUACACCUUACGAAUUAGAAAUCGCAUUGAAUUCGUCGAAGCAAUGGACCGGAGAAUAUAUUACGGAUUUUCAGCAAUUACUAUCUGGUCCAUUGCUUCGACCUAAGUCAAAUAACAUCUCAGUAAUCGAUAAAACUUUACGAAUCUCAAAGCAUUUAACUUACGAAUUCAAUGCGAUUUCUAAUUCGUAA